AUCUUACUUUUAUUUGGUUUAUUGAACGUACGCUAAAAUUAUGAAAACGAGUAGUGGGAGCUCUUUCUUAUCUCGGCAUGUAGCAUGAAUCAGUCUCCGCGCCUUUAUGUAAUGACGUAAAUGUUAAUACCAUCCAAUGAUAGGGGAGCGUAGUGGAAGCGCGCAAAAUUUGGCGCGCUUUAUAACUUUGGGUUUUACUGUUAGCUAUAAUAACUUUCAGUGAAAGUUUUACUGAGCUUGUACAACUUACAAGAGUAUUUUAAUUCCCAUUAUAUGAAAACUAAUUUGCGUCUAAAGAUGCCGUCGCCUGAACGACGUAUCAAGAAAUUUAACAAGGUAGCAAACAAAUGUCAAAAACUGACUGAUCUGUGGAAACCUGUCAUACUUAUUCCAUUGCUAGAUAAAGAAAAUCAUGCAAAUAGUGAAGUUGCAGAUGUUAGUCAAGAACAAGAAAAAAACAAAAGUGCAAGAUCUGUACCAAAAAACAAAUCACUUGAAGCUCAUAGAAUAGGUGUUCCUGGUAGAUCCAAAUAUAUCUUAGGAAGUAAAGCAGUGAAUCGAAAGAAAGGCUCCUACACCAGAAAUAAACGUAAAAAUUUUAUGAAGCAGUUAUUGGAACCCCAUGUUACAUUAUGGAAAGAUAAAGACAAGGUUAAGACAAGGUAUCAUAUUGAAAACAUGAAAUUCUCUGACAAGACUAAUGGGCUAUUAUCAUCAAUUUCUAAUACAUCCAAAAAGGAGGAUGUUGUUCCAUUCGUCCAACUAGAACAACUGAACAUGACUUGUUUUGAUAAAAAAAAUGAGAAAGAGGAGAAAAGUGACAAAAUGUGUACCUCAAAGAAAAGAGAUUUAAAGGAUAAUGGAAAUCUUUUAUCCAACUAAAGCCCUUGAAAAUGACUUCCCUUGAUAAUAAAAAGGAAAAGAAAGAGAAGAAUAAAAAUUCUUUAUCAUUAGAUAAGUCAACACAAAAGCAAAUUAUGAUCCAUUUGUCAAGCUAGAAACCAUGAAAAUGGCUUCUUUGUAUGGAAAAAAAAAAGGUGAUAAAAAGAAAAAAGACACAAAAUCUUGUUUAUCAAAGAAAAGAAAAUUAAAACCAAAGAUAGCAGAAGAAAAUAAGAGAAGCACCCAAGGUAAACUUCCUUUUAAAAAAGUUGAAGUACAGCAGAGCAUUGCUUUUCCAUCUGACUCUUCAACUGUGGAAGAG